AUGUUGCCCUCGUCGGUGCGGCGCGUCGUCGUCUCGGCCGCCCCCCAGGCCGCAGCCUUGGCCUCGUCGCUCGGCCCCUCGUCCGCCGCGCCCGUCCUCGUCCGCGGCCACCAGCGGCGAUGCUCCUCCUCCAAGCCCUCGAGGCCCGACAACGGCCCCGGCGACAUUCCCGCCGGCCAGUCCUCGGUCCCCGCCUCGGCGUCGACGUCGGCGCGAGCCGAGGGCAAGGCUGGCAGCGACAAGAGGAAACGGAAAAACAAGGACGCCUCGGACAGGAGCGCUUCCUUUCGCAAGCUGCCCAGCGUUCCCGCCACCAAUCACCUGUCCCAAGAAGCCAUCGGCCUCUCGAGCUUUUUCUCGCUCCAUCGCCCCAUCUCCAUCACCCAGACGAUGCCGCGCUCCGUCUCGGACGAGCACUUUGCCUCCAUCUUUGCCGCCCACGCAAAGGCCAACAAGGCGGCCGAAACCAUGUCGACCCUCUCCGACACUAUUGACCAACUCGAGGGCCCCAUGGCCCAGAUGACCAUAGAGGCCCAUCACGACGACCACCACGCACGCGCCGACGGCAUGCGCAAGGUCGAGGUCAGGAACCCCGACGGCAGCGAGUCGAGCCUCUACUUGCAAGUCGAUGCCAUGUCGGGCGACUUCCUACCCUACCGCCCCCCGCCCCUCCCGCGCCCCCAGUCAGCCGCCGACUCUGAGGGUAUGGCCGCCGACUCCGAGGCCCUCGAUCAAGGGCCCCAGCACCGCGUAUACAGGGCCAUGUUCACCAUCGAGGAGACGACCGAGCCCGACGGCCAGAUCCGCAUCGUCGCACACAGCCCCCGCAUCGUCAACGACGACCAGCCGCGCGGCUUCCUCGCCCGCAUGGCCCGCCGCCAGCUCACCUUUGACGAGGCCCAGGCUCGCCGCGACAUGCACGCCAUCAGCGUCAAGAGGCAACGGAAGCUCAAGAUGAAGAAGAAGAAGUACAAGAAGCUCAUGAAGCGCACCCGCAACCUGCGCCGGAAGCUGGACCGCACGUAA